AUGAGCCCAAGUGCUCGCUGCAGACACCUCACCAAGGACCAACUUGUGCAGGGACACCCCGUCAGAGAAGGCGCUCGAUGCACGAGUAAGGCGCCGAAGAAUUCAUCGACAGGGAUCGUUGACGGUGCGCGUGCAGUCGAAAAGGGUUUGUGCAAGGGUGGUGACGCGAGAUGGUCUGAAUGCGCGAGUGCUAUCGAAGGAAGAGUCAAGUCAAGUGGUGACAAGUGUAUUUGUGGUCAAGAAGAAGUGGAAACUACAUCCAAGGCGAACGACGACUACGAGAUGUCAAGAUGUGACAUGGUGCUGGACGAUGGGGGAGCUGGAAUACCUGGAACGCUCGGUAUCAUCGAGGUUGGCUGGAGCGCAGGGGCAAGACUCAAUCAAGAUUCCCAUGGUGCACGGAUGCAGCAGUGA